GCCGUCAGAGCGCCUCGUAGCGUUACAGUUUCAAACAACAAUCAAGACGAAUCGAACGACGUACGCUCGAUUCCGGCGGCAGGCUCGAUCGAGUAGAAGAUUUUGUGCGGGAAAUUUUCGAUCUUUCUUUCUCUUUCCUUCGAUUUCGAGUUUUUUUUGAAUUUGGGCGCGAAAAGAAUGAGAGGGAAUAUGGAGGAGAGAAAAGGCUAUUGGAAAACCUGGAUGGGAACCGUGACGAUAUUCGGGGUGUUUUACGCGAAUGGAAUCGUGUCUGCACAGCCUGUAUACGAAAGAAUUACGCGCGAAAGUGAAAACACAAUGAGCAUCUACGAUACAUUGUUAAAUUUUUCGAAAAUGGGAGAGAUCGGUGCAGCAAAAGAAUUGAAUCAAGAGAUAUCAGAAAUGAAUAAAGAACGAUACAAACGAUUAUCGGACCAAAGACGAGCAGAACUAGAGACUUUGAUGGCGCUUUCCAAAAUGACGGGAAAAUUAGUGAAUGUGAUCAGGGGAGGGCGUCAAUCAAGCAAGACCAAUGACCGCAAAAAACGAUCGAUCUUCGAUAUAAAUAUGAAGAAUCUGCAGAAACUUUUCAGAUUAUCGGGCAAAUUAGGAUACAAAGGAAACGCUGCAUAUCCAGUUAUCAGUUGAGACUAUGGAAAAUUACAAAUAAUAUUGGAAUGAAUUUAUUAUUUGUCUAAGAAGAUACAUCGAGUCAAAAAGGAUGAUCCUGGCACGAAAACAAAGAAAUUUGAUGUAUCGUCUCGUUGUGAAAAAUUAUCAGUGAAUCAUGAAUCAGUUUCAUUAAAAAUCAUCAUCAACUUUUAUAUACUUUACUUAAUAUCGAACGAUUAUUUAUUUAAUGUAAUGACAAAUCGAGUAUCAAUUUUUUUGUAAGAUAUUUUUUAAUAUUUUUUUUACUAAUAAUAAAUAUUUAUAAUACAAA